UUACCACUCAAUGGAAGUGUUCGCUCACUACGACGUGCUGGACGCUGCCGGACAGCGCGUGGCCGAGGGCCAUAAGGCAAGCUUCUGCCUAGAGGACAACCUGUGCCAGCCCGGAGUGGACAAGCGCUACAACUGCGUAAACUACGGCGACCAGGGAAUCUCUGUCGGCUGCACCGACACCUACGCGCACAACAUCGACUGCCAGUGGGUCGACAUGACCGACGUGCCACAUGGACACUACACUCUCAGGGUGUCCAUCAACCCGGAAUACAAGCUGGCUGAGAUGAGCUACGACAAUAACGCUGCCGUAUGCGACCUCACCUACACGCAGACCUACGCUGCCGUCACAAACUGCACUCUUGGAAGGCCGUGAACCCUCAGCGACAACGAGAAGGCUCCUCGACCCAAGAGGACGCGCAUCUCAAGGAGCGUCGAGAUAAACUGAAAACCCCGAUGUGCUCGUUCGGAUUCCGCCCACUUACCGCAUACGACCUAUAUGCACCGGCCAUUGGUUGGUGCUGCACUCAAGGUUCAAGUCGCAGCACUGGUGCUUGCGACAAUCUAGAAAAAAAAAAGGACAAGUCGCGCCUGCGUGAUUUUUUUUCUUUUGGUAAAAAAAAAGUUCCACCGCCAUCAGUCGCCCGGUCAACACCACAGCAUCCUCGUAACGACGAAUGGGCUCGAGAGACCAUCUCGCGUCCUGCUUGACCGCCUUAGGGGACCCGAGAUCAUAGCGGGCUACAAGCACACCCUGAGAAAAGGGCUCGAAUGCUAUAGCAUACAUCUACGUGUUCUACGACGUUAGGUGGCUCUGAUCGUUACGUUCCUAAGUGUGCAUGUAACAGACGCAACACUAGUGACCUGCAUGACGACAUCGGGUGACGUGGUCAGAACCCCUUGAAUCGAAGUUCGCAAAUACCUUUGCUUUUGCCAUGGCCUUUGCGUCAAGAUAAUCCCCAAAACCAUGCUGAGAUGCUACCGAGAAAUAUUGAGUAAAUAAAAUGAGCGCCGCAAAGUGACCGAUAGUGACUGGCUGAUGCUUAUGUACCGCAGGGGACCUGAAGGUCUAAAAAACGCGGAAAGAUUAUGAGAUUGCUGUAGGCUGGUGGAGUCUCCGAGCAAUUAGGAACAAACCCCCUCGCCGCCUUCCAGGCUGACUUGAAAACAAGCUCGGUUCAAUACUCAGGUUUGGCAGGAGCUCAUCACUAACGCCAAAUACGCAUUAGCGCUAUCUGUCACAGCAUCGCUGGUGGCGCCGGUGUGUUUUCGGUAGAAUAACGCAGGCCGCUUUUCGGGGAGCUAGGCUUUGCGUCUGCCCAAUCCCUCAUCCCCUUGGUCUCUCUCUAUUCUCUGUGCUAAGUUAAAAUUGAAGUGAUAUUUAAUUACGUGAGCCCGUUUCAAGGGUCGCGUUAGGUUCAUAUGCGUUUAAGUGCGGAUGGAAAUUGUCUGAGUGAGGUUAUUUAUAACAAGGUUUGAUUCGAAUUUCUUCGACAAAAGCAAACAUCCACAUACGCCGCGCCAGCAGUAUAGGCCCGCCUUAACAACACCGCCACCGAUGACGAGCAACUGGAAGCUGAUAUGCUGAUGUGCAGCGGACGCUGCAUACCAUCUGCUGGUGCAGUAACUGCACUGCCAAAGGAACGUGAGUACUUUCUAAUGUAUGCUAACAGAAUAAAAAUAAUUAAUAUAAAAAAGACA